UUGAUGCUUGAACAACACGUGAACAUCCUACAGAAGAAGUGUGAGGAAUUAUCAUCAAAGCAGUCUUCAGCAACUUGUAAGGAUAUUUCUCCUUACCAUCAGACAGAAUCUCUAUCGAUGGAGGGAGUAAGACUGACGUAUCGGUUUGAUGAUGUUCGUGGAGAAUUUCAAAAGCUGGAAGCAGAAUCCGAGAGAGCCAUGAAGAUAGGAGGGGAUGUUCAUGAAACAAAUAAAGAAGAACUUGAUGGUAAAUCGAUUAAAGAUACUCCAUCUGUCGGGGUCGUCGAGGACCUUGAGAAAAUAGAUCCAAAGCAGCCACGAAAACCGAUUCUCCUCAUCAGGGUGGCGGAUAAUUAUUUCGUUCUACCAUCAAACCCAAAAUUCUUCACCAUCGAUUGGGAAAAUGAGUAUACACGUAAUGCACCUCACAAGUAUGUCUGCAAUAGGUGUCAAGUGGUUGAACAGUUUAAAACGAAAAUGGAGGAUCAUGUGUGGGUUAAACACUAUUACGAAUGUUAUAAGUGUCCUACAUGUUAUAUUCAUCGUCCAUCGUCACUGCAAUCGAGAUACAGCAUCAGACGGCACGUCAAACAAUUUCACCCCCAUUUGUUUAAGUGUAGAGAAAGUAAACAAUAGCUUCAGUUAUUGAUUUUGUAUCUGCAUCAACCAUUGGGGGAUGUCGACGAAUCCUUGAAAACAUUAUAUUUUUUCGAGCAAAGUUUGAACAUGCUCUACACAGAUUUUGAUCAAAAAAUAUUGUAGUAGAAAAAUGGUACGAGUUUACUGCAAGGUAAUUUUUUUUGCAAUAUCUCGGAAUUAUAGAAGAAUAGCCAAAUAAUUUUGAGAAUCUGUUUUCAUGAAGUAGGUAAGACUAAGCUAUAAAAAAAUGUCCAUUAAGAUUUUGUUUCGUCAAGAUGAAUUUUUAAAACUAAUGUAAUAAUAGAAUUGGCUCUUCUUGCUGUUUUCUUACGUUACUGAAGGUUUUAACCAUAUGCUAGGGGAUAUGAAGUCUAAUAAUUUUAUCUUCAACUAUAAGUGUUGUAGACUUUGGAAAUGCAAACAAACGUUCUAUUUAGUAGAUAUUUUUAUCAUUGUUAUUUUU